ACUGCUAUGUCAUUGAGUAGCUCCGAAUCACGCCACAGCACCAUGAGUUCAGUUUCCGUAGAGCUAAUCUCGUACCAGGACGCCCUGGAGAAUGUUCUCACAUGGCUCCUGGAAGCUGAAGAGGUCAUGGAGAAACAGCAGCCGAUCGCGGACAAUGUCAACAAGGUCAAGGAGCAGUUCAACCAGCACGAAGAGUUUAUGGUUGAACUGACCCGGCACCAGGACAGCAUUGGCGGCGUCCUCAAGGAAGGAAAUGACCUUUUGACAGAAGGAAAGGUCACCGCCGAGGAGAAUAAAGAGAUUCGAAUGCAAAUGAGCCUGUUGAAUAACAGAUGGGAGGACCUGAGAAUCAAGGCUCUAGACAGACAGUCUAGACUCCAGAAGGUUCUUAUGGAUCUACAACAGCAACAGUUGGACAAUUUAAGCGAUUGGUUGACCACCAUGGAGGAACGGAUUGAGAAACAGCAGGUUAUGGGAGCUGACCUGGAGGCUAUCAAAGCUCAAGUAGAGGAACACAAGGCCAUUCAAAAAAGCCUUGAAGAGCAGCAGAAGAAAGUGGAUGGCUUACAGAACAUGGUUGUGGUUGUGGAUGAUACUAACUCAGAGACAGCAAGUGCUGCCAUGGAAAAACAGCUUGAAAUGCUGGGCAAGAGGUGGGCACACAUUUGUCACUGGAUGGAAGAACAGUGGCUCUUGCUGCAGGAGCUCCUGAUGAGGUGGCAGCAAUUUGCAGAUGAACAAGCCAAGUUCAAUGAUUGGUUGACGGAAAAGGAAGCAAUUCUUCAGCAGAUGAGAGCUACCAAUUUGAGCACUGUUGAUCAAGUCAUUAGUCAAGUCAAGUACCUUAAGUCCAUAGAAAAUGACAUGGUGGAGCAGGUGAGGAGGUUUGAUGCUCUGAACGAGUGUGGUCAACAGAUUGUGUCUGUAGUUGACAACCAGGUCGCUAUCAGUAAAAUUUCUACGCUGCUGGAAGAAUUCCAGGAAAGAUGGGAGAAGCUUGUGCAGGAUAUGGAGUCUCAGAGCAAAGAGAUAGCAAACUCUGGAGUCGAGCUGUCCAGGAUCUCAGAUUAUUAUGAAGAAGAUUCACAAGAGGCAGAGCUUGCACACGCAACAUUUUCUGCACCAGCAUCGUCUUCUAAAAAACGUCGUGUGGAAUCUGCUUCUAAAGCAGAGUUUGAUCAUGAACUGAAAAAUAUUCUGGACUGGAUGGAUAGGACUGAGGCAACAUUACAGCUGCUUGUGACGGAGAAUCCUCAGGAGCAUUUCACUGUGGAAGAACAAAGAGUGUUGAUCCAGGAUACAGAAAACUCAAUUCGUUCAAGGCAGAUUGAUGUUCAGAGGCUUCUCACCUUGGGCCAGACCAUUCUUACAGAGCUCAAAAUUGCUGGAGAACCCCAGGACAAGAUGAGCAUAGUGAUCAGAGGGUUGGAGGAAAGGUGGGAGAGACUGAGUGACAAGCUGGCAGACACACAGGCUAAAGUCGAGCUCAACUUUGAGAUGAAGAAGUUCUAUUCUGAGCUCUCUGCGCUGCAGGACCUGAUGUCUGUCUAUGAGAAGUGGGUCAGCUCCGCUGACAGUAUUGCCGAUGAUGCACCGGAAAUUACUCGACAGUUGGACCAGUGCAAGGUGAAGUUGAAGGCCAUGCAGGCACAUCAAGAACGAAUUGAUAAAAUGAGGGUGCUGGGUGAGCAGAUUGUCAGACAGUAUGACACGGCCCAGGCCAUUAAGUCAGACCUGGAUGAUUUCACUCGAAAAUGGCAGGCUGCCUACGCUAAACUUGAUCAGAGACAGAAAGAGCUGCUGGAAGCAUUAGAUAAAGUACCUCCCAAGACUUACUUAGAAGCUUUGACGGCUCUAAAGAGAUGGAUCCAGCAUAUAGAUACAACUCUGAAAGCUGAGAAAGUGCAUGUGGCUUCAGUGCCAGAAAUGCUGUCUCAGCUGGAGACUUACAAGGAAUUGAGUAACGGAAUUCAGGAACAUACUUCCAGCCUGGACUACAUUAACAGAACUGGACGGGAACUAAUUUUCAAAUCAUCCCCUGAACGUGCUCAGCUACUUCAGCCAGAACUGGAUGAGGUGAACAGUGAAUGGCUGGCAAUAGCUGCCAACAUUGAGCAGAGACAAGCCAAACUGGAGAAAUCUAUCUCCCUUGUUAGAGAUUUCAGGGAUCAAAUGGAAGGCCUGAUAAAGUGGAUGGAUGAGAUGGAUGUAUUUUUGCAUGCUCCGGAUCCUUCUCUUGGAGACAUCCUGGCCUUGCAGGCUCAACUGCAGGAGAGUAACGGAGUGCAGGAUGACAUCAAAACCCUGCAGACAAAUAUCAAAAACAUCAACGCUAUAUGGAAAAGUGUGCUCUCAGAAGCCGAGCCCGACUUCAAGACGCAGGUUGAGCAACAGGUCAGAGAUCUCAAUGACCGCUGGGAUAAAGUUGUCAUCUUGGCCUCAGAGCAGAACAAGAGAUUGACCAAAGCCCUGGAGCAAAGCAAGUCCAUUUAUGACCGCAUUGAGGCUAUCAACAUAUCGCUGACAGAGAUCAAGGACAGUUUAGCUAACAAGGAUUAUUCAGUGGAGAAUCCAAAUGAUCUUUUGGUCAAGGCGAAACGGUUUAAGAAUUUGAAAGCUGAACUUGAUGCUAAAGAGAUAGAAAUCAACAAAGUUACAGAUGAAGCAAACAGAAUGUUGACAGAUGCACCUUCUGGCUCCUUACAAGAACUAGCACGGCUUCUGAUGCGCAUGACUGCCCUGUGGGAUGAUGUACACACAAGAGUGGAGAGAUACCAUAAAUUGUACCUGACAGCAGAAGCUAAAUGGGCAGAUAUGAGGCGUCUUUUGGAUGUUGAACAGGGCUAUCUGGCAUCGCUAGAAAGAAAAGUGCGACGGUCUUCAGCUGCUAGUUCUGAUGCAGAAGAUAUUUCAGAAGAACUCAAUGAUGUGGAGACUUACCUGGCAGAACACUCAACAGAAAACAAGCGUCACAUACAAGAACUGGCCAACUACCUCAUUGAUAACUCUGUCAUGGUGGACAUUGUCCGUAAAGAACUGGAAGAUUUUCUUAGAAAGAACGAGAAAUUGGAAAGCGAUGCUAGAAAUAAAAUCCAGCGAUUGGAGAAAUCAAUCCAGAAGGCUCAGACCAUUGAGCGACAGAUGCUGGAUAUGUCACAGUGGAUGGUGGAUGUGACACAGUUGCUUCAGAACAGACUGGAUGCUGAUAUGUUGGCCGGGGAUGUGCCGCAGGAGCAUGAGACUCUGCAACUAGAGUUCAAGCAGCAGGAGGAGCUGUUGGAAGAACUAGAGAGAAAUGUCCAGGAGUACAAGCAACAGGGAAAGCUGGAAGCCUCAGCCAGACUUGAACAGCAGACUCAAUUAUUGAAGAAACAUUUUGCCGAGGUCAUGGUGAAGUUCCGCAAGUUUCAGCGCCCAGCAGAUUUUGAGCCAAAGAUGACUCAUGUGUGGCGUGAGCUAGGAACUAUCCAAGGAAGAAUUCAUCUUCUGGAGGUUCCAAAUGAUGAUCCAGAAGCCAUUCAGGAGAGGCAUGACAACUGUAUGAAAUUCUACAAAACUAUGAGUGAGUUGAAACCAGAAGUGGAAACAGUUCUAAAAACUGGUCGACUCAUCGUGGAACGCAAGCAAGUGGAUUUCCCUGAUUCAUUGAGCAAACAACUGGAUGCCAUUAAACAGCUGUAUAAUGAACUCGGGGCUCAGAUCAAACAGAGCAAAGCUGAUCUAGAGAAAUCUCUCAAACUUGCCAAGAAGUUGAGAAAAGAACUUGCAUUGGUCAGUGAAUUUGUGGCCUCAACCAACCAAGCCUUGGAUGAGAGAGAGGAGAAGAAAGACAAGAGAAACUUGGAGGAGGAAUUGACAUUUAUUGUGGCAACACAGGAGGAAGUACUGCAGAAAGAACCUGUGCUAGCUUCUAUCCAUGAGCUGAUACACCAGUUACAGGAUCUCUCUGAUGAGGUGGAUGUGUCUGAAUCUAGGGAACAAGCUUACAAGAUCAGCCAGAAUAUGCACGAGUUGUCACAGAGACUGGCCAGGACCAAAACAAAAGUUCAGGAAGAAACUUUGGCCAUGGAGACUCAGUUCAUUGACUUCCAAACGCAAAUAAUGAAAAUUAAGGAGUGGCUGGGCCGGGCUGAAGCUAUUGUGGGGUCACACAGUCGACUGUCUGAGCAGCAGCAGAGAUUGACUCCACACAGGGAAACCAUCAAAACAAUGCACAAACAGAUGCUGGAUCUGCGAAGCCAGGUUGAUGAGAUCAGGGACCAGGCUAUUGAUCUGAUGUCCAAAAGUGACCGCUAUAACCGCAUGGUUGAACCAGAACUUUCUCACAUUAAUCAGCGCUGGGAGGAACUGGCAGAAAAGAUUAGAGAGAGACAGGCUAGUGUCCCCCCUGAGAGUCCUAAUGUUACUGAUGCAAGGACAGCGACUCUGAGUUCUCCAUUGCCUGGCAGUCCAACACGUCCCAAGGUUGAAGGAGUUGAAGAGUUUGCUGAAGCCUAUGGUAAUCUCAAUAAACAGAUGGAUGAUUUUGAAUCCAAAGUGGCAACUGGGGGCCGUUUGACCAGUGAAGAUUUUAAUGAGGGCCUUGAUGAAACAUUGCAGCAUAUUGAAGAAGAAAAAGCCAAGCUUGUCGAGGACAUCAAAACCGUCACAAAACAAGGAGAGGAAAUUCUGCUGGCGGCUGAAACCAGCCGAGAUCCAGUUAUUCAUGCUAAAGUCAGCAAUAAACUUCAAGAACUCAAGAUUCGCUGGUUAGAUAUCCAGAGGAACACAGAAUGCAAGAAGCAUGAAAUCUCCACCAGUUUACCUUUGUACAACAGUUUCACUGAAGACAAAGUGUCCUUUGAACUCUGGCUGACCUCAGCUGAGGACAAGUUGGCAGCGAUCAAGGAUGAUGAGCAGGAAAGACAG